GCUGGGCGGUGGCGUCAGCCCCGAGCGGUCUGGGACGCAGCCCGGGUCCCCCACGAGGGCGCCGCUCGCUGCCGCACCCCGCCCCUCCCCUUCCCUCGAGCCCGCUUAGGCCCGGCGCGAAGGCCGUGGGCGGCAAAGUUUCUCCGCGCGUCAGCAGGACGGCAGCGCGCCCGCUCCGGACGGACGGCUGGGGCUCAGCCCGAGUGGAUGCCCCGAGCACCCCGCUGCCGAUCCCGCGCUGUCUCCGUACCUAGCAGCAUCCGGAGACCCCCAGUCUCCCGGGGAUCCCCACAUUUUCUCCAUCCACGGAGUCUGCCAGCGGCUCUGGUGACCCCGCGCUCUCCGCCGCCGUCCUGGGCUCGGGCCCGUGGCCGCUGUCACCCCGCCAUGGCUCGUGGACCCUCCAGGACCGGCUUGGGGUCCCGCCUGCUGCUACCGCUUCUGCAGCUGCUCCUGGUGCUUCGUGGCGCGGGCUGCAGCCACGCGGGCCCCUCCUGGUCCGCACUGCCAGAGACCGCCGACGGCCUGCGGGGACACAAGGACCCCCAGCACGCCUCAGGCGAAGCGGCAGCCGCGCUUGGCCCCGGCGCCCGGGACAUGGUCGCUGUCCACAUGCUCCGGCUCUAUGACAAAUACAGCCGGCGGGGAGCCCGUCCCGGGGGAGGCAACACGGUCCGCAGCUUUCGUGGCCGGCUGGAAAUGGUUGACCAGAAAGCCGUGUAUUUCUUCAACUUGACCUCCAUGCAGGACUCAGAAAUGAUCCUCACCACCACCUUCCACUUCUACUCGGAGCCACCGCAGUGGCCCCAGACCCGCGGGAUGUUAUGCAAGCCACGAGCCAAGAAUUCCUCCUGUCGCCUGCUUCCCCCAGGCCCACCAGCCCGCCUACACUUGCUCUUCCGAAGCCUCUCACAGAACACAGCCACGCAGGGGCUGCUCCGAGGGGCCAUGGCCCUGGCCACCCCACCACGGGGACUGUGGCAGGCCAAGGACAUCUCUUCUAUCGUCAAGGCAGCCCGCCGGGAUGGGGAGCUACUCCUCACCGUCCAGCUAGAAUCUGGGGAGAAGGACGCUGGGAUGCUGAAGCCCAGUCCCCAUGCUCCCUAUAUUCUCAUCUAUGCCAAUGACCUGGCCAUCGCUGAGCCCAACAGCGUGGCAGUGACCCUGCAGAGAUAUGACCCCUUCCCAUCUGGAGACUCUGAGCCCCGCACAGCCACCAAUAGCUCCUCAGAUCCCCGAGUUCGCAGGGCCACUCAGGCCUCUGGGCCCCUCCAGGACAAUGAGCUGCCUGGGCUGGAUGAGCGGCCAGCACAUGCCACCCACGGCCAGCAUUACCACAAGCAUGAGUUAUGGCCCAACCCCUUCCGGGCAUUGAAGCCCCGGCCAGGGCGAAAGGAUCGAAGGAAGAAGGGUCAGGAGAUGCUCUCCGCCUCCUCACAGGUGCUGGACUUUGACGAGAAGACCAUGCAGAAAGCCCGGAGACGACAGUGGGAUGAGCCCCGGGUCUGCUCCCGGAGGUACCUGAAGGUCGACUUCGCAGACAUCGGGUGGAACGAAUGGAUCAUCUCGCCCAAAUCCUUUGACGCUUACUACUGUGCAGGAGCCUGUGAGUUCCCCAUGCCCAAGAUUGUCCGCCCAUCCAACCAUGCCACCAUCCAGAGCAUCGUCAAAGCUGUGGGCAUUGUCCCCGGCAUCCCAGAGCCUUGCUGUGUUCCAGACAAGAUGAACUCCCUUGGAGUCCUUUUCCUGGAUGAGAACCGGAAUGUAGUUCUGAAGGUGUACCCCAACAUGUCUGUGGAAACCUGUGCCUGUCGGUAAGACAGGUCGGAAGGCGGUACUCCCAUCCCUGCCUAGCAGAGCAACAUUCUCUCAGCCUUCUCUUGCCAGACUGGGCCUGGGGCAGCUUCAAGUACAAGGCAGAGAGUACAGGCAAUCCUGCUGGCACCCAGAAACAUCUGACUGUCUAUUGGGGCAUUGAUAUGAAAGAUCUACAAUCUUUCCUUGCUAGUGACUUAGCCCCCUGGGUCCUCUGAAGGGAUGUGAAGUUGGUCCUGGCCUGAAGGUUGCUCAUUGAGAUAUAGGUGUCUACCAUGUUGGCAUGUGUGCUCACCAUCUUGAAGCUGGAGAGGCCCAUGCAAGAGUCACACUCAUUCCCUUUCCAUGCAAAACACCUCUGUGUAAUUGCCCAGUGUCAAAGCCUAUGAGCCACCUGAUGAAAAUGGUGCCUAAAUAAUGGCAUAAAAUGAGUAUUUUCUCUCACACCCCACUGCAAAAGCUCUUAUACAUGCAUAAGAGCACACAUAACCAGUAUGCAUUUCUUUCUCCUGAAAAAAAAAACAUAUAUACUUUAAAGCAAAAAUGAAGGACUUAACACCAUCUUUCACACAGAUAAUCAUGCUGGGUAGGUGAAGAUUGUUUAAAUAUGCAUCUGGAAAUAACACAGUAUAAUACAUUGGAAUACUAAAAAAUAACCCAAGAUUUUUUUUAUAUUUUUGUAAGUUAUACUUUGUAUACUGUAGAUUGUGUGUGGCCUGUGUUUUAUGGAAAGCUAAUAAAUUAAAGGUACUAUGGUAUCUUGGAAAAA